ACACGCCACCGACACCUGCCACGUCCCGGCCGCCACGUCCUUCUCUCUGAUGAUUCCUGCUGAGUCAUCUUCUUGAACAACAUCGUCCACAAUACUCAUGCAAGCGAAGCAAAUAAAUGAUAACUCCUGCAAUAUAUUAAACACACCAUUAUUCUCAUUCUUAUGAAUAAGAGUGACCAACAUUCAUGGCGAAUUCUGCCGUCGCCGUCAGCUUGACCUUCUCCCGCCUUUGGUUUCACUUUCUGUGUUCUGUUCUUCCCCUUUUUUCGUGUGGUGACCCCAGAUGGCAAAAGAGGAAGAACUUUUCAAACUUUUUCUCCUCUGACUUCUUCAUUUCCUCCUGUCGUCUUGUCGUCUCUCCGCUUCUCGAUGUUUCCGACGCAGGCAAACGUGUUGGUCUUGUUGCUUGUGACAGGGUCAACGGGCGCGGCGGAGCGGGUGCGUUACCCGCCGGCGACGUGCGCGGUGCGCGGCUCCACCGUGAUGCUGUUGUGCUCCUUCACGCCCACCCAUGCGGUGGUGCGGGCGGUCUGGUGCGUCAAUCACCUCAUCUGCCACGGCACCACGCCGUCCGUCUACGACAGCGCCGCGCCGCAGCGCAACAACUGGCGCUACUUCUACCUGGGAGACUUGCAGGGAAACUGCACGCUGCAGAUCCACAACGUCCAGGAGGCAGACAACACCACGUUCCGGUUCCGGAUGGAAGGGCAAAACGCCGCCGGACAUUUCACUGGCACUACGGGGGUACAGGUCACCGUCAUUGACCCCGAGCGGAUGAAGGUGACGAGCUCCGCCCCCGGGCCGGUGUCGGACGGCGCCGCGGUCACGCUGAGCUGCGCCUCGACGUGUUCCUUCCACGGUCUGGCGGUCCGCUGGCAUCGCGACGGCCGCGCCCUCCCGGAGUCGGGCCCCGCCCUGCGCCUGGGCCCCCUGGCGGCGGGCACCUCAGCCAACUACACUUGCGCCCUCGCCGCCGCCGCCGCCCGCACCAUGUCGCCGCCCUUCAGGCUCGACGUGGAACAACGGCGCUCUGAGCCCGAAGACGCCGACGUCGCCGUGACUCUCGGCCUCGCCUUCGGCCUCGCGGCGGCGCUGAUCCUGGUCGUCGGGAUCGUCUUGUUCGUCGUGAAACGGAAGCGUCGGCCGGCGUCGCGUCACGAUGUCAAACGCGCACAAAGCGAGCACGAGCAGUGUGAACACGCGUACAAUAACACACCGCCGAGUCCCGAGCGAGGCGGUGCCGACGGACCGGAAGUGGCUCAGAGUGCACAGGAAGUUAGCUACGCCGCCGUUCAGUUUAAACCAAAGGCUGUGAGCAGGUCGGCGCUGGCGAAGGAGGAGGAGGACGUCGUCUACUCGUCCGUCACGCGCUCGACCGCGUGAGCGCGCGGCCGGCACAAAGCGACGUCACGCGACAACGGGAAGUGACGUCAACGCGCACGUCGACCGCGAUGCCGACAUUUGCGAAAGUCGCAAAAAAAAGAGAGAGAGAGAGAGAAAAAAGGAAAAACACUUGUUAAAGUUGCUGGAGGGUCAAUAAAGUUGAAUAAAUCAAGUGUUGAC